AUGUCUCGCUUGGAAGAUGAUAGAGGUAUUACUAAGAUGUCGCUAUUUAUACAACUACUCACAAACUUUUCUAUUAUUUUUAUUAUUUUUAUUAUUUCUACUACUUCUACUACUUCUACUACUUCUACUACUUCUACUACUUCUACUACUUCUACUACUUCUACUACUUCUACUACUUCUACUACUUCUANCUACUACUUCUACUACUUCUACUACUUCUACUACUUCUACUACUUCUACUACUUCUACUACUUCUACUACUUCUACUACUUCUACUACUUCUACUUCUACUAUUUUUCGAUCCAGAAUAAUUCCACCCAACUUUCGUACACUGAAGGACACCUUCGUGUCUUUACAAUUGGGGAUGAUGACGACAGAAACCUUACCAACCAUCAAACAACAACUGCAGAGACAUUUGAGGUUGAAGCAGAUGCUUGGAAGAUAAUCGAGGUAUUACCAAGAUGCCGCUCUCUAUACGACCAUUCUCAAUAUCACAAUUGUGCACCGGUUAGAAGAAGUUGUUUUAAGAACUUGUAUGAGAUGCUCACCGUAUGGCCACGUGAUAAUAUGGCCAUUGAUGAAGCCUGGGAUAAUGUGGAGGAUCGUGCGAGAUGGAUGCCUGAGCCAAACUACCGAAGACGCCCACAACCCAAAAUUCUGGGUGCAUACAUUGGUUACUCAAUGUAUAUGAGUGGCCCCGUUCUUGUCAAAUCUCGUCGGUCGACUUCUACAACAGAAGAGGCACGCCAGAACGUUGGCUUAUUCAAUUUCCGAGGCAAUGAGUUCAAACUUGAACCUGGCGGCCAAUCAAUGGGAAAUCGAACCAUCCCGCAUUUUGCGUUCACUAUACCAGCAAGAGGAAUUCCGGGAGUGGAGUGGGAUGAACUUCAGCCUGUUGCCGUGGCCAAGUCACGAGGAUCAUCUACAGAGAACGAGCUCAUAUCAUUCCUCGAGAUCUUCACAUUGGAAUUCUCCAGGAGGAUUUUAUUCGUCUUUUGCCUAGAUUGGCGAUAUAUGCUCCACUUCGAGCAGCAAGGAGCCGUACGUGUGCCCAGCAAAAGGCACGGAUAUCUAGAUUGUCCUUGA